AUGGAAUCCAAUCCAGAUUCCGCAGCCUUGGCCCAGCAAGUUCAAGCUCUUGCGACCACCAUUGAAGAACUCACCAAACAAAAUCAGGAAAUGAAGCUACGACUUCAACAGGUUCAACAGGAAGAGAAUCAGUCCAAGGAUAACACGGAGGGGGAAGGGGAUAGCCAUAGGAGGAGUAUUCAUCAAAGACCUACUACUUCGGACGAGCAGAAUUCAGAUCUCCUUCGAGAGAUGAGGAAGGAGAUGGAUGAAUUGAGGAAUGCCAUCAAGGAGAAGACGGACCGAAGCGUAGAUAGAAUGCCACCCGACGAGAUACUGUGUUGUUCCUUUCCCACCACUCUCAAAGGGGCUGCAAGAGAAUGGUUCACUAAAUUGCCCACAUCGUCCAUCGACAACUUCGAGCAGUUAAGCAGUGCUUUCUUGCGUCACUUCAUUGGGGGGCAGCGUCCUAAGAGGCCAAUGGACCACUUACUCACCAUUAGGCAGGGAGAAAAGGAAACCUUGAGGUCAUACGUGAAAUGCUUUACUCAGGAGACCCUCGAGGUAGACGAAGCUGAUGACAAGGUACAGCUGACGACCUUCAAAGCGGGACUGAGAUCCAGAGAUCUCGUGACUUCACUCGCGAAGAACCCUUCAAAGACGAUGGCAGAAAUGCUCCUAAAAACACAGAAGUACAUGAAUGCUGAAGACGCUUUAGCAACUAUAGAGGAUGUAGAAAAGCCAGGAGACAAAGGAAGAAGGGAUGACGAGCGUAGGGGUUAA